UUGUUAGUAAGAUUUGUAUGCUUUGUGAGCUGUGUCCACUUUCCUGUUUGUUCGAGAAUGGAAAGCAUCAGAGUUGUGAAGAGGAGCGACCACUUCCUCAGAAAACACAGGAAGUGGCCAUUUUCACCCUUCAAAACCAAAUGGCAUCAAACAUUCAAUCAGGAUGAAGCUUUGCGAGCCAUAAAACAAGCUGCAAAUUCGCCGAAACAACCCAAUUCCGACGAACCCUACCUUCUUUCGGUUCUUAUAAGCUCCUUCAGAGCCUAUUGCUGCGACCCAACCCCCAAUGCCUACCACUUCGUCCUCAAAACCCUUGCUCGAAGCUCCCAGUUCCACUACAUUGCCGCUGUUCUCGAUCGUCUCGAACGCGUCGAGAAAUUUGAAACCCCAGAGUCAAUUUUUGUCGACCUCCUCAAAGUUUACGGACGAGUCAACCGAAUUCAAGAUGCCAUCACUCUUUUCCGUAGGAUUCCCAUGUUUAGGUGCGUUCCUUCUGCGCUCUCACUCAACUCUUUACUUUUCCUGCUCUGUAGAAAUGGCGAAGGUCUUCGAAUAGUUCCUGAGAUCAUAUUGAGUAGCCAGACUAUGGGUAUUAGGCUUGAAGAGUCCACUUUCCGGAUACUAAUUACCGCGUUAUGUAAAAUUUAUAAAGUUGGGCAUGCAAUGGAGCUUUUCAAUUAUAUGAUAACUGAAGGGUAUGGUCUAAACCCUGGAAUCUGCUCUUUGAUAUUGGCAUCGCUAUGUGAGCAUAAGAAAUCCACUGGUAAUGUGGUUCUUAUCUUUCUGGAACAAAUGAGGCUAAAAGGAUUCUGUCCCCUUGUUGUGGAUUAUUCUAAUGUAAUUAAGUUCUUGGUUAGGAGAGGGUUGAGUUCAGACGCUCUUGAUCUGUUGAAUAAAAUGAAGGCCGAUGGUUUCAAGCCUGACAUUGUUUGUUAUACUAUGGUCUUGAAUGGGGUGAUUGCGGAUGGGGAUUAUAAGAUGGCAGAUGAACUGUUUGAUGAAUUGCUUCUCUUUGGUUUAGUUCCUGAUAUUUAUACAUACAACGUGUACAUACAUGGAUUAUGCAAACAAGGCAAUUGGGAAGCAGGGAUUCAAAUGAUUUUGCAUAUGGAGGAAUUGGGGUGCAAACCUGAUGUGAUCACUUACAAUAUUCUCUUGGAAUGUUUGUGUAAAAUCGGUGAACUUGAUGAGGCAAGGAAGCUUCGAGGUAACAUGCAACUAAAGGGUCUGGCAAACAACGUGCGGACUUUUAGGAUUAUGAUCAGUGGGUUAUUUCAUAACGGUGAUGUAAUUGAAGCUUGUAUCCUAUUGGAGGAAAUGCUAGUAAGUCGUUUCCCUCCUCAGAUCUCAACUUUUGGUGAGAUACUUUCUUGGUUGUGCAAAAGGGACAUGGUAGGCAAAGCACUUGAGCUGCUCACGUUAAUGGUUGGCAUGAACUUUUCCCCUGGUCCUAAGGCUUGGGAAACACUGCUCCUGAGCUCUGAAAGUGAAUUAACUCCUGUUAAGAGCCUUGAAACUACUUUAGAAGAUUUAGGAGGCAUCUGAACAAGCUCAACCCCCGCAGAUUUUGGAGUCCUUAAUCUAUACAAGUCCUCAAGGCUACGCUGCUACGCUUGAACUGAUCUUCAUUUUGUUCUUUAAUGGACUAGCCUUUGUUUCACCCUACUCUCAAUAAGGUGAGGGCAACAGGGGUCAAAAGAGAUUCUCCAGUGAUGUUUGAUCCCUUGUUAGAUUCUUUGUUACUCGUUGGGUCUCGGUGACAAGGUAUUGCAAUGACAACUUCGUUUGAGCUAACUGCUGGUGUUGUGGUAAAAGGAGAGCAGCACCCUUCAACUUCAGGGGCUGGUUAAAGCUUACUUAUUCUGAUGGCGUAACUGUAAGUGGAUGCUUAAUCAAUGCUUACUUUUUUAUCGAGCCAAAUUAUAAAUUUUCAUUUUCAUAGCACGUAAUGCACUUUUUAACUUUCCCCAUAUUUUUUGUUAUCAAAGAUGAUCCACUCGAGCAUUAUUUAUUAAUGUUUUUUCACAAUACUUUGCUCUACUGUAAGGAUGGCAUAUUUAAUCCUACGCUGUCUAUAUAGUGGAAACUUUCGCUAGCUUGGCAAGAAAAUGAGCAUGUUAUCUGAUCCUAAUUGAUUAGUCUGCUUUAAAGUAUAUUAAGUGAUAUGGAUCUACGAACCCAAGCUAAUACAAUCCUGCUAUCAUGUCGUUGUCGACUGGCACAGAUGAGAUGAGUGUCAUUCUGGAAUCUUCUAGUUAGUGGUUGUUUUCAAUUAGAUAUAUCAUAUAUUUAGUAUGAAAGAGCGGUGGGGAGUGAUGAGGAUGUUCUACCAUUUUAGUUCAGAUAAAUAAGGAUCAAACUUAUCUGAUCCUGCAUGCGGUCAAGGUCAAUCUCAAGUUUUUCGUCUUUGAUAUGGCCACAGGACUUCAUUUUCCUUGUAUUCUUCUACAAGAAAUAGUUGAUUGUUUUUGAACCAAAGGCCGGUUGCUAAUGAAUUUGAACUUUUGAAAGUGCCUAGAUAUUAGAUCAGAUCAGCUAAAGUUCCUUUGGGUUAUUGGGUCUACAUGCGUGCAAGAAAGUUGAACUUAGAACUUUCUAGUGGGAGUUAAGUAAAUUGGAUCUCCUACCUCAUUAGGGAGUCCCUGGGAAUGGAUUCUUUUUCCUUGUAAAAAGAAUUGGUGUGAAGAAUGGUCAGCUUUCAAAUUUGGGCUGAAAAGGGGGAUUUUAAAGGUUAAACCUUAUGUAGGAUAAUGUUUUUGUACAAGCAGUUGGGUUCUCUUCAGGAAUAGUGUCAAACACCUGAUCUCUACUUCUUGUAAUAACGUUUUUCAAAAAACCAUGAAAAAUGUAUUUGACAAGUAAAUGUUUUGUGUGAAGUUGGUUUUAGAAAGGCCUUAAUUUUGGAAUAAUUUUAUUGUUUACAGAAAUGACAAAGACGCAAAUGGAUAGCAGGAAUAGUUGCAUUGUAACUUUGAACAGUAUCGAAUCCUCUUUUUAAACACAACUGCAUAAAAAACUUCUGAAAAUAGUUCCACAUGGAAAUCACUCAAAACCAUAUCUUAAGUUGAUUCUACGUAGCUUUUAGUUGGUUUGGUAAGAAAACGAAAAAGAAGUGAGAAAGCUUUUUUAGUUGGUACCAAUAGGAUGAGAAGAAACUUUUUUAUUUUUAUUUUUCUUGAGGGCAGCUCCUAGUUGAAUCUCAAUCCCCAUCUACUUUUGACGAUCUCUGGAGUUCCACUAAUGGAAGUUGGAAGCUGUUGUGGAAUUAAAAUAUAUAUUCGAACGAACCUUACAUAAUCCUAACAUAUUGGUAACUAGAAAAACAAGAAAUCUAGGAUUUCUCUAUUUAAUAUUCUAAGGCCCUACACAGUUGGCUACACUAGAAGGGUGGGAUGUCUUUAUUCCUAGUGGCUCAACACAAGUCAUUACAUGAAAAGAAAAAAUGAAAAAAAAAACAUAAACGAAAGUGAACCAAAAAACUUUCAAACUAUCUUAUCUUCGGAAAGAGAGAUCUCCACAAGGAUUUGAUAAUGAUAAUACUCAUAUAGUUGCCAACUUUUCAAUUUUGAAUUUGCUCAAAAGCCAUUUGACUUUUUGUGCUCACACUUUCGUCAAGCUCACAUUUCCAAGUAUAUGAUGUCGAUACAACUUAUGUUAAUGUCAGGCUAUUAAUUAAUCACAAAUAAGAGUUACGUCUAUUUAUAUUUUUACCUUAACAAUUGUCGUUGACCUCUCUUCUGCUUGCAUUGCUCCUUUUUACUUUGAUAUAGUGAACUUUGGCUUUAUUGUUGGGAUAACUGUUUCAGUGUAUGUCUACUGUGGAUAUCAAGUGGAUUAAUUCCACAUCUAUUUUGAUUGAUGGAUGGCAGAUUUGAUUUGAAAUCAGUCAAUUUAUUUCACUUAUUGUGAAUUAAGUGAAUGAGUGUUUGAGUUUUUGAAGAUUGGUUAUAAUUUACUGUAGACAACCAACCUCGGAGAACCUCUGACUGCACGAGGUCCAUAGCACUUGCUGCUUAAACUCAACUGCCAAGAACAGCUAUCCUACUUUGAAUAGCUUACUACUAGCUAUUUAGCUAUUAGGUUCAGAACCAGUGACGAGGGGAGGAGAAUCUAGCUGUGGUUCUUUGGUUGCAGCACCAUCAUGCCGAACUACCUGUUUUCCUCUUGGAAAGAGUGCAUUCCUUGGAAAAACUUAUCGUACAUGUACUACUUUGAAGCAUCAUAUUUACAAACAUUCUUUUAACACUAGUAGACUUCACGUCAUUUUGUUAAAAAUGUUGAAAUGAUGUGAAGAUAGUAUCCAUAGUCCUGAAAUCCCUCAUGCCCCCUUCAUUAUUCUUGAAUUCAUAAAUUGUGCAACUCUCAAGGGAAUGUUUCUAUUUGAUUGGGUUUAAAAAGUGUGUUGUUGUUUUCCUUUUAUUAUCUCCAUGGAAGGAGAGGAGUGCGACAGAGUGCAUUAAGAGGUGCUCACAUGUUAAACGAGAGGGGCGCCCCAUGCGGAAUAAGUUAAAAAAAAGAGACGCCGAAAGUCCAUUGGGAGUUAUUUUGAGCGCAUGACUGUGAAGAUGUUGGGUUAGAAAAUGGGAUUGCGUCAACAACUUGUAGCUUCUGUUUUUGUAUACAUCACUUUCAUGAAAUUUUUAACUUGAAUCACAAAGUAGAUGUUUGGAAAAGAAGGGAUUCCUCCUGAAUGAGUCAAAGUUUGUCGUGGCGCGAAUCUAGAAGUUUGUGGAUCUGUCAUAACAUAAGCAAUCGUGGCAACGCAAAGCUCGAAGUAAGGAAGCCGAGAACUUUGUUAUCCCAAUUAUCUACUCCCACUUUGUCUCUCUUCAUUGGGAAAUGACAAAAUGUGGAGGAUCCUU